GCCUUCUCAUCCUCCAGAACCUCUAAGAGAAGAGAGAGAGAGAGGAGCGAGCAGAGCCUUCUCAUCCUCCAGAACCUCUAAGAGAAGAGAGAGGAGCGAGCAGAGCCUUCUCAUCCUACAGAACCUCCAAGAGAAGAGAGAGAGAGAGGAGCAAGCAGAGCUUUCUCAUUCUACAGAACCUCCCAGAGAAGAGAGGGGAGCGAGCAGAGCCUUCUCAUCCUCCAGAACCUCUAAGAGAAGAGAGAGAGAGAGAGGAGCAAGCAGAGCCUUCUCAUCCUCCAGAACCUACAAGAGAAGAGAGAGAGAGAGGAGCGAGCAGAGCCUUCUCAUCCUCCAGAACCUCUAAGAGAAGAGAGAGGAGCAAGCAGAGCCUUCUCAUCCUACAGAACCUCCCAGAGAAGAGAGAGGAGCGAGCAGAGCCUUCUCAUCCUACAGAACCUCCAAGAGAAGAGAGAGAGAGAGGAGCGAGCAGAGCCUUCUCAUCCUACAGAACCUCGAAGAGAAGAGAGAGGAGCGAGCAGAGCCUUCUCAUCCUACAGAACCUCGAAGAGAAGAGAGAGGAGCGAGCAGAGCCUUCUCAUCCUGGUCUGGUGGAGCAGCUGGAAUCGUCUGACAACAUCCACAGCGUAGAAUCAGCAAUACGGAGCCUGUUUGGCCUGACCCAGGAAGGAGCCCGGCUCUGCCUUCUGGUAGCUCAGGAAGAAGCCGUCGUCGGUCUGUUCAAAGUUCUGCGCCAGGAUCAGUUCAAAUGCCUGUACCCGGCGGCGCUGCGGACGCUGGCCUCUCUGUGCUCCAUGGAGGAGGCCGUUCACCAGCUGGAGAAGGUGGACGGAAUUCUGUGUUUGACGGAAAUCCUCACCGACGACUCUCAUUCCGAGGCCACCAAGGCGGAGGUUGCGGCGGUGAUUGCGCAGAUCACAUCUCCUCACCUGACCUUCACACAGCACCUCAGCAGUUUCCUGGAAAACAUGGAGGAGAUCGUCACUGCCCUGCUGAAGUUGUGUGAAGAGGCGUCCACGGGAGAGUCGUGUUUGCUGGCUUCUGCUGCGUUGGCCAAUAUCACGUUUUUCGACAGUCUGGCCUGUGAGAUGAUCUUGCAGAUGGGCGCUGUGAAAAUCCUGCUGAAUGCGUGUUCAGACAAGCAAAGAGUCAAUACUGCCUACGCCCGGGACCAGAUCGUGACAAUUUUAGCCAAUUUAUCGAUUCUGGACCCAAGUGCUGAGGAGAUCCUUCAGGAGAACGGGGUGGAGCUUCUGGUGGAGAUGUUGGCGGAGAAGCCUCUCAGUGGGAGUUUAGCUGAAAUCUCAGCCUGUGAGCGAGUCCUCCAGAAAUCGGCCGUCACCCUCGCCCGCCUGGGCCGCCAUCCCGACAUCGCCCACGCUGCCAUAAAGUGUAACGGCAUCCCCAGCCUCAUUGCUCUCUGUCGCCACCCAGAGGAGAGGUACAGCAGUGACGCCGUCCUUGUCGCUUGUCUGGCGGCGUUGCGCAGGUUGGCGGCGGCGCAUCCAGGCGGCAUCGAAGACUCCGACCUCCAGCAGCUGGUCAAACCCCGAUUGGUGGAUUCCUUCCUCCUGUGUUCCAACAUGGAGGAGAGCUUCGUCUAGCCGAGGAAAUCAAAGUCUCCGAGUUCUGCGAUCGCCAGAGAACGAUCGCGCCGCCGCUCCAAGUGCCAGCAACUGCAGGAAUCAUAUUUUAUACAUACGAUCCAUGUCCCGGGAAUCUCUCUGCCGAUCCGAAGUAUAUAUUCAGCCGACGAGCGAUCACUAGAAAUAUUUAUGUGUAUUUUCUACCGAAAUUUUGUAGCCCGGAAAUGUUUUAUAUAUAAAAGAAAUAAAUUUAUACAAAUGACAUCAUAAAGACGUGACAACCUUUGUAAAUAAAGAGAACCGAGAUCGAUCGCAAAA